AUGAAUAUUAAACCUCCAGCUUUACAACCCCCAAACACAUUCCCAUUCUUCCAAAAACUCCCCACAGAACUCCGUCUCAUGAUCUGGAACCUCGUACCCACCCCCCGCCAACAAACCCUCACAUGGACACCCACCCAACGUGGUCUCGGCGACCUCGCUCCCAUGCCCCCUCCACCUCUCCUAAGCGUGAACACCGAAUCCCGCACUCUCGCCCUAAAAUACUAUGAGCUCUGGAACAUAUGUCAACGCUCUAAGUCCUGUCGCCACCACAGCAUGAGGUUUGAGACCACGCUCUAUCCCUUCCCGCACGACGGGGGUGAUGAAGCUUAUGCAGGGCGCUGGCACCGGUAUUUUACGAGGCUGGAGGGCUGUAGAUGUUUUCCGUAUGUCUGGUGGAAGGAAGACGAGUUCGUGGUGGUGGUUGGGGGAGAAUGGUGGCGGGCAUUUGUGUUAAGGGUUUGGAGGAUGGGGGAGGGGGAGUGUGGGAGGGUGAGGCAGUUGAGGGUUAGGGGGUGGCCGAGGGCUGGAGGGGGGUUGGUGUUGCUUUUGAGGGGGUUUAGGGGGUUGGAAGGGUUGGUUGUUGAGGUUAGGAGGGAGUUGAGGGCGGAGGUUGAGAGGAGGACGGGAGUGAGAUUGGUGAUUGAGAAGUGUAAGAGGGUGGAGGGGUGGAGGGUUCCUAGGGUUGUGAUUCAAGAGAUUCCGUGA